UAAUUGGAUCCUUCCAAACUAAGAGUCUUCGUUUCCCGUCUCUCACUUCACUCACUCCCAAUACGCGAACAUAGUCUGUGUGUGAGCAAAAAUACUCUCGUCAAGAGUCAAUUCCUCUCAAGAGUCAAUAUUGAGACCGAGGAUAAAUUUUAGCAUGUGAACCAUCAUGAGUUCCAAAGGAAAAAGAUUUCCGCGGUUCAAGGUUGCUUUGGCUUUCCCGGCUGUCGUUUUCUUAUGCUUGUUUUUCUUCCUAGCUGGCCUGUUUGGAUCCAUUAUCAUUUCUCAGGAUUUGACGAGAAUUGGAUCCAGGCACACGUCUUUGAAAUCAGUUGAGGAGGAAAAGGAUGGUGGUGCAAUGUCACACGGCGAAACUGGAGAAUCUUGGGUUCGCCCGGUCCCAUUCCAGAUCUUGAGCUGGAGGCCAAGAACUUUUUAUUUUCCUGGUUUUGCAACCGCCGCGCAAUGCCAAAGCAUAAUUGAGAUGGCCAGGUCAAGUAUGAAACCAUCCACUCUUGCUUUGCGAAAGGGGGAAACUGCUGAGAGCACCAAGGGAAUCAGAACCAGUUCAGGCACAUUUAUCAGUGCAGCAGAUGACAGAACAGGAACCCUGGAUUACGUUGAGAGGAAAAUUGCCAAGGCUACAAGGAUUCCUAAAAGUCAUGGAGAGGCAUUUAAUAUUUUGCGCUAUGAGGUUGGGCAAAGAUACGUUUCUCACUAUGAUGCAUUCAACCCAGCUGAAUACGGCCCACAAAAAAGCCAAAGGGUGGCCUCAUUCUUGUUGUACUUAUCAGACGUUGAGGAGGGUGGAGAAACCAUGUUUCCCUAUGAGAAUGGCUUAAACACGAGGAUGGCUUAUGACUACAAAAGCUGCAUGGGGUUGCAAAUUAAGCCACGUCAAGGAGAUGGGCUACUGUUUUAUUCACUGUUUCCAAAUGGAACUAUUGACAAGACAUCUCUCCAUGGAAGCUGCCCUGUGAUCAAAGGGGGAAAAUGGGUGGCUACAAAAUGGAUCAGGGAUCAAGUACUUGACGACUGAUUCAUGCAAUUCACAAAAGGACACCGUGAUUAACUUCUGUUCCCAUAAUUCCCCAGAAAUUUUAGGAAACGUCUUUUAGAGGCCACCCCUCUCGUUUUUUUUUUUUUUUUUUUGGGGUGGGAAAAACAGGUCAUUGAACUUGGAUGAGGAUACCAUAUUUGCUUGGUGAAAAGCUCUAAAAAUUAUUAUUGUUUUUGUCCA